UUAUUUUUCUCUUCGUUUUAAACCGUUGUACACGUAUACGCUCCGUCUUCGAAUAUUUUCCAGUGUUUAGUUUUUAAAUAUUAUUUCGUUUUAAUCAUGGCUGGUUCAAUUGGAAACAUGGCUGCCAUAUACAAAAAGAAGACGUUCGCGUACGUUCCUCCAUCACCACCGGCUGACCUCAUCGAAGCUACAAGCUACACACUGGAUUUUGCGAGCCGUAAAUUUAUACUUGUCGGUAUCGAUCCGACAGAACAACAUCAAACAGUUGUUCUCUUAUUAACAUCAUCACGUUAUGUGAAAAUAAGUAUAGAUUUUCUAAGACGGAUAUUCUCACUUAUGGGUAACGUACUAUCAUUUAUAUUAAACAUACCACAGUCCAAUAAACGGAUCAUUUUUCUCGAAACCGAUGCUUAUAAAAUAUCAAGUAUGGUGUAUAACGGUUCAAACGUUCUGGUAAUUGAAUCCAAGACUGAAGAUGGAUGUAGAGUUUUAUUAAGUCGUUCAGAUUUAAUAAAACUCCAGGAAUUAGAAUGGUGUAUUACUGCUAGUAUUAAUGAAAAAGAAGAA